AUGGAUACAGAAAGUAUGUUGCGUACCGGAGUUGCCAAGACGAUCUUAUACUAAUACACAUAUCUACCGGUAGACAGGACGUCAUAUUUCGUUUUACAGACCCACAUUUUCCUGUACUACGCAUCUUGGAUAAUCUUAAUCAACUGAUGUAUUUAGGUAAGGAUUUCUUUGAUAUUCAAAUAUUUUUUUCAUAUAUGUGUGCAAUUGCUUUUUUCAGACGUAGGUAUUCAAAUUUACGACAUUACAACUAGAACUUACGUUUACGUUUUAAGCACCUUAAACGUAUAUGAUGAUUACAGAGCAAAAGGUAUUGAUGGGAUACAUUUUCAUAAAGACAGUAAAGUAAGUACGCAUGUAAUUAAUAUAUGGAAAUUCUAAAAGUUUGCUUUAAAUUUUAUUGCGGAUAGGCCGUGAUAUUGUACAAACUUAUGGGAAAAAUAUAAAUUCUGACAUUGUCGGCAACUUUUUACUUGAACUUCUCUAUAACGAAUUACUCGGUACGCCAUAUUUUUUAUAGCAAAAAAGCGACAUAUUUGAUAAAAACGACUAUUGAUGAGUUUUUUUAAUUGCACUGUGUAAUGGGGGCUGGGGAUUUGAAAGCUGUUCGAUAUCGGAAAUUUCCAUUAUACAGGAGUUCCACUGCAGCUGCAUUUUAACCCAAAAUUUACAACCAUCAUUUUUUCUAAAAGUUCGGAUGCUGUGCACUGUAGCAGAUUACGCCUUGUUUUUUAUAAAAAAUUAAUUUUUAUUCCAUAUCCCCUAUAUAAAUGCAGAGCCGUGUCACUAUGUCCAGAAAAAGUGAAGAUCGGUAAAGGGCAAGUGAGAGGGUCAUGCAAAUUUGUGGGAAAAUCGGUAAAAAAUAAAAAUUGUAAAAAUUUUGAGAAAGAAAUCGGUCAGUUUUAUGGAAUUUUCGGCAGCGAGCGGUUGUGUUUUAAAAUAUUUUGAUACUAUUUUGAGUAUGAUACUGAUUAUUGUGCACAAUUUUCAAAAUUUUUAAUGUGCGAGGGCCGGAGGCCCGAGCCAAGUUUUAUUAAAUUUAAGAAGGCAAUGAUACUAUGUUGUGAACAAUGUCGUGUACGAUUUUAAAUUUAAAAUUUGCUAUUGAAGAUGUGCGAGGGCCGUAGGCCCGAGCCGUUUUGGUAUUUACAAUCGUUGAAUGAAAAUUAUUGGCGUGCGAGGGCCGCAGGCCCGAGCCAAUAAAUUGAAUAAUAUGAACUGUAUCAAAAUUCGCAAAUUUGAAUUACAAUAAUUUUAGAAUAAUAAAAUACAGUAAAAGUAAAAGUAAAAGUGGAGGGCCCGAAGGGCCCUCUCCAGAUCAUAGGACGCCCGGAGGGCGUCCGUUGAUCUGGUUUCAGUUUAUCGGUUACAAUAAGAAAAAGAACAAUUGGGAAGAAAUGGGAAAGUGGCCUUAUGAAAUCCGUGUUUUGCCGCUUUUUUUAAAUUUUCAACUUUUGUUAUGUGCAACAAUAGAACGUGUUGAAGAAAAAGGAGUUGUAACUUUGACGCAUUUUGACUGGUCUUCAGGUAAAACUAAUUCAUAGAAUUAAUUACUGAGCUUAUGGCACAACAAAAAUUAUCCUGACAGUAAAUUCAAUUUUAAGGUCGUCUCACCUGGAAGAAGUUUCAACCUAUAAAAUCCAAUGCGAUGGGCUUUUAUUACCUUAUACUAAGCAACAUUAAGAUUAUCGAAAGUCAGGUUACAAAGGAGUCCAUUAAUGAUGCGCGGCACCAGUAUGAAACCAUAAUACAUAACUUGAUGACAAAUUAUGCUGGUGUUUCUGCCUUACAGAUCUAACAGACAAAUUUUUUGAAAAAGGAAACUUAUGUUGUUGUUGCUACAACUUUUGCUAUGUGAAAUCAUUAUUUUUUGAAUUUUUUGCCUUAUUUUUAACUUGACUUUGGCCGUUUUUGUGCUAACUAGGGAAUGCCUUUGCUUAAAAUUUGUUUCACAGAGUUCGAGUUGUAAAGAUACUAUAAAUACUCUUGCAUAAACUACAAUAUAUUAGUUAUAGAGCAUAUUAAGCAUAGUAUUAGUAUCCCCAUUGACUAAUGUUGCUGCUAAAACAUACAUUUCGUGUCUGUUACACAUUAAAAAGCCCAAAUAAACGGCUACAGUAAUAAACGUAUUCUGAAGUCAUCGAGCAAACUCAUACUCGCUAGGAAUGUCAGAGGAUCGUAUUAUCCGUAUAUUCUAAAUAUGAACUGACAUAAAAAUAAGAAAUCACAGAGCUGAAGAACCAAAAGAAGUUAGAGUUUGAAGAACGUUUGGAGCUCUUGACAGCUCUUCAGAACAAGGCCAACAAGAUGAACCAAGUUGUGAAGAACAUUUCUUUGGACGAGUUGGAGAAGGAGCUUCUUUCUCUCGACUUUACAUCAAAGCACAGUGUACCUUUAAGUCAAUCAUUUGCUCAAAGGUUUGAUCUUCUAGAGAAGGUAAGUUUGGUUCUUUAACAUUAUUUUCAUUUUAUAGGUAUAACUUUCAGGGAACAUAAUUUUAAAACUGAAUCUACGUUUUACCAUUUAUUUACUAAUAGCAAUGCCUUGUCUUGAAAUUCAAAUUAUUGCGUUUUAGUUUGAUAAUGAAUACCAAAAAUGGCUGGAGGCAAUAGUAUUUGAGUACAUUGAGAUGUACGGCAAAUUAAAGGAGUUGGCUUUGAAAUGUCAUGCUCUGGACAUCCUCGACUGUCAUGAAUCUGAAUUUGAUCCAGGUAAGUGACUUUUCUCAAAUAUGUAGUAGAUUUUAUGAAUUUUUUGUUUAGAAUUUCGAUACACAAAUUAAGUUUUAGUGAAAUCUUAUGGUUUUGACUAUUAAGUCUAUAUUAUUAUAGACAGACACGCAGAAGACGAAAUCAACCGAAUGAGGGUUGAUUUGGAUCGUCUUCAGACUCAAUACGAGACGGGGAAGGAAGUUUAUGACAAGUUCUUUGGAUGGUACAAUGCUUUUGAAGAGAUGGGAGAGCUGGAGCUUGAUAUGCAAACAGAAGCCUACAGGAAGAAUCGUGGUGGAUGUCUAAACCGAGCUUUGCAAAAACAGAAAGUUUUGAAAGCGACGCAACAGAAGUUUCUGGAGCAGUUAAAAGAUAUCAACGAGCUUCUACCUAGUGUCACUAUUAAUGGAUUGGCGGUGUACGACUUUGCGGUUAAUAUGAUUGAAGAAAAAGAGAUGCUUAAGGAGAAUGCCAAGGUUAAGGUGGGUUUUGCUGGUUUUCAAAAGAUUUAAUUUUAUUUAUGGAGCUUGGCUUGUAGACGACAGAAAAUACUAAAUUAUAAGAAUUGAAUUUAAGAAAAGAACGCGAGAAGAAUAG